CCCUGCGCGCGGCUCCCGCGCCGGUGCGGUCGGGCGGCGGCAGCGGAGCGCAGGUGGCCCGGCCCGGCGGCCGCUCCGCUCCGCUGCGGAGCGGGAUGGAGCGCGGCGCGGCGGCGCUGAUCCGCGAGGGCUGGUUCCGCGAGACGUGCCGGCUGUGGCCCGGCCAGGCCAUGUCGCUGCAGGUGGAGGAGCUCCUGCACCACCAGCGCUCCCGUUACCAGGAGAUCCUCGUCUUCCGCAGCACCACCUACGGCAACGUCCUGGUCCUGGAUGGGGUGAUCCAGUGCACGGAGCGGGACGAGUUCUCCUACCAGGAAAUGAUCGCCAACCUGCCCCUCUGCAGCCACCCCGACCCCCGCAAGGUGCUGAUCAUCGGCGGCGGCGACGGGGGCGUGCUGCGGGAGGUGGUCAAACACCCGACCGUGGAGUCCGUGGUGCAGUGCGAGAUCGAUGAGGAUGUGAUCCAGGUAUCUAAAAAAUACCUCCCAGGGAUGGCAGUGGGCUAUUCCAGUGCUAAGCUGACAUUGCACGUGGGAGAUGGUUUUGAGUUCAUGAAACAGAAUCAAGAAGCCUUUGAUGUGAUUAUCACGGACUCGUCUGACCCCAUGGGUCCUGCAGAAAGUUUGUUCAAAGAAUCUUAUUACCAGCUGAUGAAGACAGCCCUGAGGGAAGAUGGGAUUCUCUGCUGCCAAGGUGAGUGCCAGUGGCUGCACCUGGAUCUCAUUAAGGAGAUGCGCCAGUUCUGCAAGUCGCUGUUCCCGGUGGUGGAGUACGCCUACUGCACCAUCCCCACGUACCCCAGCGGCCAGAUCGGCUUCAUGCUCUGCAGCAAGAACCCCAACACAAAUUUCCGGGAGCCUGUGCAGCAGCUCUCACAGCAGCAGGUGGAGGAGAGGAGUCUCAAGUACUACAACUCUGACAUUCACAGGGCAGCAUUCAUCCUGCCAGAGUUUGCACGGAAGGCCCUGAGUGAUGUGUGAGACCCUGAGCUGCUUCCUUCCUCCAAGUUGGACUCUGAGAUCAUCAGUGAUGUGGCUGGGAUCUUCUCAGCAGACUGCAGAUUUGCUCUCCACUGUGUGGGAUUAUUUAACCCUUGGCCAGCCAACAUUCCCUCUGAUGUGUUAAGGAUGAUGGGGCAUAAGCCAGAUAAGACUAUUGAAAAGGUCUAGUGACCUAUUGCGUGAGGUCAAAACUGUUCUUUCCAGUACUGGAAAUGUAAGAUGUCUUUUUCCUUUCUCUCUUCCCUGCACCCAUUCUAAAUUCUCCCAUCCCAACCACACUCCACACCCCCCCAGCUGAUGCAAUGUAUUUAUAACUGACACAUAUUUCUGUCUGGUGGGCUGGGAACAGUCCAAAGGGUCCCUGACUCAGCCUUAAGCACAGAGAGAGAGAAAGAGAGAGAGCUUUGUGCACAGUUAGCUCACUCUCUCCUCGUGGGAGCUCCCUGCUGCUGACACAUUUUGACUGGUAACAGGUCUGAGCCUUUGCAUCCCACUGCCCUCCUGUGACUCCUGCACUGCUCUGCAGCACAGCUGGAGAAGUCACAGUGCAAACUGUUGCCAUUCACAACAGGUCUCCCUCCAACCCUGAUGGAGUAGCAGUAUUAAACACCAGCCAGGCAUGCU